AUUCAGAACACUAAUUUAUAAAAUUACUUGACAAACCAUGUAUUUGUAAACGAAAGGCUUUAUACUUCCUAAUUUGAAAUUGAAUGCGUGAAGGUUUAUGGGAUAUAAAUAUUUUAUCAUCAUGGCGAAUGAGUUCAAUGUUCAGUGAUAGGUACCGUAUUGAAAUUGAACAAUUUGAAGGAUAUAAACUUCUUAAAGAAUCAUUCCUUAAGAGGAAUACUUGAUGAAACCAAAUGGCUUCAAAAAACAAGAACUACUUACAAGACACAGUGUUAAAUGCCCUUGAUUUGAUUCAUGACUUUUCCUGCUCUUUGUGUAAAGAAGACAAUCUCAAUACUGAGGCCAAGUAUUUCUGUGGGGACUGUUCCAAAUAUUUCUGUGACAAGUGCUUGACAUUCCAUGCAAAAGUCCACAAAGAACAUGUUGUGUUGGGCCAUAAGGAUGUGGACAAGUCGGUGGGGCAAGUUGACACCCUGGUUACAUGCGACCUUCACCCUCCAAAAUGUGUGGAGCUGCUGUGUGAGGAUCAUGAUGAGCUCUGUUGUCACCUCUGCGUAUCAUUGAAACAUAGGAUGUGCAGAAGCAUUGUAUUGAUAUCUGACCUGGCCAGGGGGAUACACAAGAUGCCUUACUUCAAGGAGUUUCCAGCAAAUGUAACCAAGGUAACAACCAGCCUGGAUCAGGUGAGAGAGGCCAGGAAAAAGAACCAGAACUCCUUAAAAGCUUCAGGCCAGUCCAUGCUGACAAAGGUCAAGGCACUGAGGACAUCACUGAAUCAGCUGCUAGAUGAGCUUGAGAAGAGGACAGUGGAAGAGAUGGACAGUGUCCUGGCUGACCUAGAUGGGUCACUACAGAAGGACAUUAAUGCCUGCACACACAUACAUGACCAGCUUAGGGCCCUCUUGGACAACAUCGUCGCCCAGGACGAGGACAGUGAAUCCAGCUCCUUCAUUGGUUACAGAAAAUGCCAGGACAAGAUGACAGAGGCCAACAGGCUGCUCCAGGAGAUAUCCACAAAACCAGAACUUAUUGUCAAUUUUCAGCUUGACACCCAUGCUGAACAAUUUCUGUCCGACUUGAAGACAUUGGGAGCAGUCAACCAAUCCUCUAAGGUGUUUAAGCUAAGAGGAAAGAAAUCAUUCCCAGCUAAAUUAAAGGCAGACAAAAAACGCUGUCAAAUUACUGGAAUCACAGAACUUCCAGGCGGUGAGAUUGUUCUUGUAGAUAUAGCAAAUUCCAAAGCGAAGUUGUUUGGCAGCAAGUUCAAGGUCAUUGCCCAUUGUGAUCUCUCAUUGUUUCCACGAGACAUCUGCCACAUCUCAGACCAAGAAGUGGCUGUCACUGUUAAUUGUAAACGUGUCACACAUGAGGUCCACUUUCUCACCGUGUCCGCUGGCACCAUUAAGAUGACCAGGAAGUUCUCAGUUGACCAGAACUGCUAUUCUAUCAGUCACCAUGGGGGUGUCCUUUAUGUGGGCUCCGCCACUGCCUUGUACCUCUACACCACAGCUGGCAUGCUGGUGAAGAAAAUAGACGAAAAUGACUCUAAGAACACCACAGUGAACCAAUUCGCCUUUAGUACAGAUGGCAGAAAGAUUUUCUUUCCAGCCUCUGCAUAUAACAAGGUUGUGACAGUGGACAAUGAGGGAAACAUUCUGUCCACACUACAGGAUCCUGACUUUAACUGGCCUUGUCGUGUACAUGUGAGUGAGGGUGGACUUGUGUUUGUAUGUUCAUCUCGCUCCCACACAGUGGUGCAGGUUGACCAGGAAGGCAAGAAUAAGCUGACCACAUUAAUCAGGGAGGGAGAUGGCAUCAACCAUCCACAGGCAGUCUGGUACAGCACCCGCACUGGCAGACUUAUUGUGGGUGGAAUUCAAGAUGACGUUCUGGUAGUUGAACUUCGGUAGUGACAGUCAGUGGAAAAACAUAUAGCAGACUUACUUCGUGAAGAUAAAAAUGGAAAACAAUGUUGUGAACGAAACCUCAGUGCUAGAUGGUGAUAUAUUUCAUUUAAAAACUCAAUGAUUACAAUGUUGUAAUGAACAUACAUUAUACAUAAUGUAUUAUCAUUUUUAGUAUGUGUCAAAUUAUUAAUUAUUUUCAUUAAUGAUUGAAAUUAACCAUUACAUAUUAUUCUAAUGUACAUGUACAUGUACAUGUUAUGUGUUUAUUUCACUGAGAGUCAUCCAUGUAACAGGAACAAAGCCAUUGAAGUAUACAUUUAACAUACAAUUUUAGAUGCUAUAUUGCAUGAUAUUCUAUAUUGAUUACUUAAGUAGAUGUGAAAAUUGAAAGUAAUGAUGUUUAAAAUUUAAGUUGAUAAAUCAAUUUAAGUUUUGAAAUUUUCUUGUUAUAUGUUAUAAAAAGGGGACAUCUGUUGCAUUUUGGUGUAAGAUCAACAUUUAUUUCACCGAGUGGUCACAUAACGCAAUAUUAAGAAUUCUAAUUUUAAUUAAAAAGUAUUUUGCUAUGAUUUUAAAUGAAAUAAAUUCAGAUCUUACACCGGUAUUCAACAUAUGUUCUGUUUGUUUUAAGCCUAAAUAAAACAAAAUGGCAAUUUUAACUGGAAAAGAGAGUGUUUAAUAUAAUGAUAUAACAAUAUGCCUAUUUAUAAUUUUACUACUGUGAAAAAAACACCAUUAAAGUAACAUGUACAUAAUACUUUGCCAAAAACAUAACAGAAACUUUGUAAAUAUAUUAACUGUAACUAGUGUAAAA